CAGCUGCAAAACCUCGGAGCGCAAGAGCCAGGGAGGAAAAGCCGAGGCCAGGAGCCGUGGGGGGGCCAAGGAGAAGACCCUGGAGUGUGGGCAGAUUGUGUGGGGCCUGGCCUUCAGCGCCUGGCCCGCGGCUGAGGAGGGGGACGCGGAUCCCGCCUGUGCCCUGGGGCUUCCCUGCCUGGUCCUGGCCACCGGGCUCAACGACGGGCAGAUCAAGGUCUGGGAGGUGCAGACAGGGCACCUCCUCUUCAGCCUCUUGGGGCACCAGGAUGUCGUCAGAGACCUGAGCUUUGCUCCCAAUGGAAGCCCCAUCCUCGUGUCGGCCUCGCGGGACAAGACCUUGCGCGUGUGGGACCUGAGCAGAGACGGGCGGCAGGUGCAGGUGCUGGUGGGCCACGUGCAGUGGGUGUACUGCUGCUCCAUCUCCCCGGACUGCAGCAUGCUCUGCUCCGCCGCCGGAGAGAAGUCGGUGAGUCCUGGGCAGGAUGGGGGUCUGGCUUGGCAGCACUGGGGAGGGGGCUCCUGGCAGCCCAGGGCUGACACUGGGCUGUUCUCCCCCCCCAGCCACGUGCCCCUGCAUUCCCCGCUGGAUUACAGCAGUGACAUCCACACCAGCUCCCUGCGCUCCGUCUGCUUCUCCCCAGAGGGUCUCUACCUGGCCACGGUGGCAGAUGACAGGCUCCUGAGGAUCUGGGCGUUGGAGCUUCGCUCUCCAGUGGCCUUUGCCCCCAUGACCAACGGUCUGUGCUGCAUCUACUUCCCUCACGGAGGUUUCAUUGCCACGGGGACCAGGGAUGGCCACGUGCAGUUCUGGACGGCCCCGCGGGUGCUCUCGUCGCUCAAGCACUUGUGUCGCAAAGCUCUGCGCACCUUCCUCACCACCUACCAGGUCCUGGCGCUGCCCAUUCCCAGGAAGCUGAAGGAAUUCCUCACUUACCGGACUUUCUAAGGUGGCAGGGAGGGCGGAGGCACGGAGGUGAGG